CGCGCGCGAGCGUGCGCGUGUGUUCUGAGGGUUUAGGACCGCCCCUUUUAAUAAAUGAGGUCGCUUCCUGAACAGCAAAAAACCGAAAGUCAAAGUUGGAAACAAGUGCACGUGGUAAAUGAGACGGAGAUCAGCGCAUCGAGCAGCACAGGAUGAGCCAGUGGAAGCAGAUUCAGCAGCUGGAGAUCAGGCUCCUGGAACAUGUGGACUACCUUUAUGAUGAUAACUUCCCCAUGGACAUCCGCCAGGGUCUGUCCGGCUGGAUCGAGUCCCAGGAUUGGGACAUAGCAGCCAGCGAUGAGGCCGUGGCGGCGGUGCUGUUCAGAGACCUGCUGUCCCAGUUGGACAAGCUGCGAUUACAGGAGCAGAACUUCCUACAGAGACACAACAUGAAGAUCAUCCAGCAGCAGUUACAGGUGAAAUACACAUCUAACCCUAUUGUGAUGGCCAGGGUGAUCUCCACCUGCCUGAGGGAGGAGCGCAGAAUCCUCUCCAGCGCCUGCCUGCAGGAACAGGGACCACUGGAAAAAUCCUUGCAGAAUUCUGUUGCUUUGGAGAAACAGAAACAAAUGGACCACAGAGUUGGGAUCAUCAGGGCCAGCGUGCAGUUGAUGGACCAAGCUGUGAAAUACAUCGAGGACAUGCAGGAUGACUUUGAUUUCCGCUACAAGACCCUGCAGUCUCGAGAAUCAACGGAUACUCGACAGAACUCUGAGAUGAUGAAACAGGAAGUAACGAGACUUCAGGAAAUGCUCAACAGGCUGGAUUAUAAAAGGAAGGAGAUCUUAUCAAAGAUGGAUGAUGUGAUCAAGGAGAUUGAUGACCUGUUGACCUCUCAGCUCAACCCUGAGCUGCUGGACUGGAAGCGCAGGCAGCAGAUCGCCGCCAUUGGCGGUCCGCUGCUCACAGGCCUGGAGCAGCUGCAGAGUUGGUUCACUCUGAUGGCCCAAAGUCUCUUCCAGAUGAAGCGCCAGCUGGACAAGCUGGUGGAGCUGGUUGUGAAGGUCACUUAUGAAAGUGACCCAAUCCCGCUGCAAAAACAUCAGCUGGAGGAGCGCAUCAAAUACCUCAUCUAUCAUCUCAUCAGAAGCUCCUUUGUGGUGGAGAAGCAGCCCUGCAUGCCGACACAUCCACAGAAACCCCUCAUCAUCAAGACCGGAGUGCAGUUCACCACCAAAGUCAGACUUCUGGUUAAACUUCCCGAAGUGGAUUAUCAGCUUAAAGUGAAAACAACAUUUGACAAGGACCUCCCACCUGGCAGAGUAAGUCGUCAGUUUUUUAUCUUGACCAACAACACUAAAGUCAUGGACAUCGAGGACUACUCCAACGGAUGCCUCUCUGUGGAAUUUAGACACCUGCAGCUGAAAGAGAAGAAAUAUAUUAAUGGGACAAAGGGGAAUGAGGGUCUCCUCUCGGUGACGGAGGAGCUGCACUCCCUGAGUUUCGAGGCCUGCUUCACGGUGCAGGGCCUCACCAUCGACCUGGAGACGUGUUCCUUGCCCCUGGUGGUGAUUUCCAACGUGAGCCAGCUGCCUGGAGGCUGGGCGUCGGUCAUGUGGUACAACCUGCUGACGGACGAGCCCCGGAACAUGGCGUUCUUUGGGAACCCACCUCGGUCCACAUGGAGCCAGCUCUCUGAGGUCCUCAGCUGGCAGUUCUCCACCUUCGUGGGUAAAGGCCUCAACAAGGAGCAACUCCACAUGCUGGGAGAAAAGCUUCUGGGUCAACAUGUCUCCUGCAGUGACUAUCAAGUGUCCUGGUCCAAGUUCUCCAAAGAGAAUAUUCCAGGAAAGCCCUUCAGCUUCUGGAUGUGGCUGGACUCCAUCCUGGAGCUCAUCAAGAAGCACCUGCUGCCGGUCUGGAAUGAGAACUACAUCAUGGGCUUUGUGAGUAAAGAAAUGGAGCGCACCCUGCUAAAGGACCGAGAGCCCGGAACCUUCCUGCUACGCUUCAGUGAGAGCCACCUGGGAGGCAUCACCUUCACCUGGGUGGAGCACAACACCAAUGGAGGCGUGAAGUUCAACUCCGUGGAACCGUACACUAAAAACCGCCUCAGCGCGCUCCCAUUGGCCGACAUCAUCCGAGACUACAAAGUGAUCUCGGAGGGGGUCGUCCCAGAGACCCCACUCAAGUUCCUCUACCCCGACAUCCCCAAAGACGAGGCCUUCGGCCGUCUUUACAACAGUCAGCCGAGCAAAGUCCAUCCGUACAUACCCUCCACCCUCAUCCCCAUCUCAGAAUUGCGUCCCCUUCUUGUGUGUGAUCUCAGCCCCCAUGACACGACCACGGCUCCUUCUCGUCAGUCUCCUGAGCCGCCGAUGACUCCCGGGGAGUUCGACAUGCUCAGCGAGCAGCUGUGCUUCGACAUCGACAGCAUGAGCUCUUCAUAUUCAGAGUAAAGCAAGAUGAAACAUGCAGCAUGUAGCUGAAGGAUUCCUGACACCAGGAGGUGAUCAGUGGUUUAAAGGUUUCAAAUGGACCACUUUAUGGAUCCAAGUCUUAGACCGGGAUGUAAACAGUAUGUUUGUUUUUCAUAUGUAGUCGAUGAUGUCUUGUUUUUAGUUGAAUUUUAACUGUUUAAUAGUUUCUAUAACUCCUUUAUUGUUCAUUUGUUUGCAAUGUACCAUGUUGACGUGUUUCUUUGUUCCUGCAUGAGUCACCAUGUGGUUUCCUUCCUUUUUCACCCCUCUGAAUGUGCGUCAUUGUCUCACAAUCCAAUGGAAACCUUACUGAGAUCCAUGGAAUGCAUAGCAGUAGAAUAAUUAAUACAUACUAGGUCACUUCUAAUACAUAUUGGAAUUGUUAGAAAAACAGUGAUGUAUGAGAGGAAUUAAGAUUUUUUCUAAAUCUAUAUCAUGUGAUCAGCUACCAGCAACAUUUUGGCAAGAAGUGGUUUUAAAAAUAACAUGUUGGGUUUUUUACUGUCUUGUUUAAGAAUGAACUGAAAAACUCACUUUUUGAAUGUUUCUUUGCAAAGAAAUACCAAACUAAUGUGGAUAUUCUUAACUUUUGUUUAUUAAAAUAAACAUAUCAUUCCAGUA